CGGGGGUGGGGGGAGAGGUGGCGGCUGCAGCUGGGGUUCCCGCGGGAAGCGGAGCGCGGCGGGGCGGCCGGCGGCGGGAGGGCGAGCGCCAGAGUGACAGGAGAGGAAGAAAAAUGGGCCGAGAAAUCAGAGUGGACGCGCGGGGGGCGCGAGUCCGGGAGCGGGCGGCGGCGGCGACGGGCGGGGGGCCCGCGCCUCGGCCCCAGGGGACUUUCCUGGGCGCCCGGCCUGCGGGCCGGGCCGUUGCUCCGACCUCUGCCCAAUUCCAAGCCCGCCCCCGCCUCGCCGCGGGCCGGCGCCCCCUCUCGGAUCUGCGGCCCCUGCGCGCCCCGCGCCUCCUGGGAGCGCCGAGUGCCCCCGCGCCUGGGCCCGCGGGCGCCCCGGCCCCCGCCUCCUUUGCUGAUCCCGCCCCUGAGUCCCAAGUCCUUUCCUCUUCACCCCGCCGGGUCUCCCCGGGGUACCCCCACCCCCAAGGCCCCUGGCCCAGCGCCUAAUGGCCCCCCCGCCGCCGCCUGAUGAAGAUUUAUCGGCCUCGGAACCCCCGCCCCGGCCCGGCCUCCCCGAGCCUGCCCGCCCCCGCCCCCGCCCCGCGGCGGACACCUGAUGAAGCCGUCACCGGCCGAGGGGCUGCGGUCCGGACGGCCAGGCAGCAGGGCAGCUAGAGACGGGCAGAGAAAGUUCCGGGGACCCCGAGAGUGACCUAAGGGCAGAGUGCGACAAGCAGCCUAGGGAGCCCCCAACAGUGAAUCCAACCUGCUCUGGGAGAAAGGUUCUUGGUCUAGGGGGACCAGUGGGCCACCCGAGGGAGGAGGGCUGAGGAUGGACCCUUAGGUGUCAGAGAGGUGGGGGCCGAGGUCCUAAACUGAAUCUAAUGGAGGAGGUGCUGGGUCGAGAGUCCUGGGUUCUUGGGGGGAGGAUGAGGCCCCGGUGCCCUGGACUCCCGGGUCCUAGGCUGGGAGCUCGCCUUGGGUGGGUGGGGGGUGCUGGGUUGGGAGGCCUCUGAUUGAUUUCUGUUUACCGGCUGUCCCCGCAGGCGGAAGAGCGAAUCGCGCCCCAUCCAUCAACAGCCUCGCAGCCUCCCUAAUAAAAACAUUUUACUCCUAAA